AUGCUCAUUGGGAGCCGGAUCCUGACGCCGCUAACCGCUCCAUCCCUAAGGGAGGGGAGCAUCGGGGCAGGACCGCCCCAAGAUGGCCGCCUCCCCCCCGGUCCCCUCCGCCCCUCGUCCGCGUCACUGCCGGCCUGUGCCCCGCCCCGGCCCCGGUACCGGAGCCCCCGGUGCCCCCCGGCCAUGGUGCCCCGGUCCCCGUCGGGGCUGCGGCCUGCGGCAGCCUCGGUCCGCAGCCGCUCCCGUCCCGGCGGCCCCGUCCUGCUGCCGUCCAUGCUGAUGUUCGCUGUGAUCCUGGCCUCCAGCGGACUGCUGCUCAUGAUCGAGAGGGGCAUCCUGGCCGGGGUGAAGCCGCCUCCGCUGCAUCCCGCACCGGGACAGCCGGUACGGGACACCGGUGAUGCUACCGGAGCCCUGGAGGCUGAGGUGCUGCGGGACAUCCGCAACCGCACCAUCGGUACCGUGUGCGGGCAGCGGACCAUGCCCCGCAGCGUGUGGGACCUGCCGGCCGGGCAGCGGCGGACGGUGCUGCGGCACCUCCUGGUCAGCGACCGGUACCGCUUCCUGUACUGCUACGUGCCCAAGGUGGCUUGUUCCAACUGGAAGCGCAUCCUCAAGGUGUUGGAUGGGGCGCUGGAGAGUGUGGAUGUGCGGGGGAAGAUGGACCAUAAGAGCGACCUGUUGUUCCUGGGGGACAUGGAGCCGGAGGAGAUCCGCUACCGCCUGAAGCACUACUACAAGUUCAUCUUCGUGCGGAACCCUAUGGAGCGGCUGUUGUCUGCCUACAGGAACAAGUUCGGGGAGAUCAAGGAGUACCAGCAGAAGUACGGGGUGGAGAUCGUCCGCCGGUACCGCCGGAACGGGGUGAACUCCGCCGGUGACGAUGUCACCUUCACCGAGUUCCUGCGGUACCUGUUGGAUGAGGACGUGGAGCGGAUGAACGAGCACUGGAUGCCCAUCUACAACCUGUGCCAACCCUGCGCCGUCCGCUACGACUUCAUCGGCUCCUACGAGCGCCUCGGAGCCGAUGCCGACUACGUCCUGGAGCGCAUCCGGUCACCCUCCUUCAUCCGCUUCCCCCAGCGGCAGCCCUGGUACAAGCCGGUGACACCAGAGACGCUCCGGUACUACCUGUGCAACACCCAGCGCCGCCUGGUCAAGGAGCUGCUGCCCAAAUACAUCCUGGACUUCUCCCUCUUUGCCUACCCCCUUCCCAACAUCACCAGUGAGUUCUGCAGGCAGUGAGCUGCUGGGGACACUGGUGCUGUCAAUCACUCUCUUCUAUGCAUUCUACCCUCGUUUUAUACUUUUACAGCCCUCUUUAUAUGACGUUUUAUAUAUUACCUCUGCUACAUGAAUACUUUUGUAUGGUUCCCAUUUUAAGGUGUACAUACAACUCGAGCACAGGAGCUUUUGUAGAGCAGUUUGGUUUUAGAGUCUUUUUUUACAGCAGAACUUGGGAAAUAUCUGUGAGGAAGCUGAGAAAUUGGUACUUUUUGGGUCUUUUUUCACUCUUUUCUGUGUUUUGUAUCAAAUACUGUGCAGCUGUAAUACAGCCGGUGUAAUACAGCCGAUGUAAUACAGCCGGUGUAAUACAGCCAAUGUAAUACAGCCGAUGUAAUACAGCCAAUGUAAUACAGCCAGUGUAAUACAGCCGGUGUAAUACAGCCGGUGUAAUACAGCCAAUGUAAUACAGCCAGUGUAAUACAGCCGGUGUAAUACAGCCAAUGUAAUACAGCCAGUGUAAUACAGACGGGGUAAUACAUCUGAUGUAAUACAGCCGGGGUAAUACAUCCGGUGUAAUACAGCCGAUGUAAUACAGCCGGUGUAAUACAUCCGGUGUAAUACAUCCGACGUAAUACAGCCAGUGUAAUACAGCCAGUGUAAUACAGCCAGUGUAAUACAGCCGGGGUAACACAGCCGGUGUAAUACAGCUGAUGUAAUACAGCCGGUGUAAUACACCUGAUGUAAUACAGCCGAUGUAAUACAGCCGGGGUAAUACAUCUGAUGUAAUACAGCCGGUGUAAUACAUCCGGUGUAAUACAGCUGGUGUAAUACAGCCAGUGUAAUACAGCUGGUGUAAUACACCUGAUGUAAUACAGCCGGUGUAAUACAGCCGGUAUGCUGAGGAUGACACAGUGGUUGAUGCACUAAAUACUAGUGCUGUUCAAACUGGUCCUGCAUUAGGCAGGGAACAGUUUGGGGUAUGAGGAGAAGAAAAGGCUUUUCUAAGCUAAAGCCCUAUUUACCCUUUAGUUUCCAGCUGUAGAUGGUGGUUAAAUAGGGCUGGACUAUUUUCCUGUGACUGUAGUGCCUCUGGGGUUUAUUAUUGUUAAUUAUUUACCAUUGAAACAGAACUAGUGAUAGGAUUUUGUGCAAUGUUUAGUACCAACUCCUUACCCAGCCUAACGUAUCUGAUGCCAGACCAAGCCAUAGAGAUUCCCUUUCCUCUCUCUGAAUUAAAGCAAUACAGACAUGGGGUAAAACCACAUCCCAUCCUGGUUCCUGGGCCAUUCAACAGCAAACCCCAUCCUGCAGGGAGCAGCUCAUCCCAUUGAUGGGCCUGUGUGGGUGCAAAUCACUAUGGAAAACCACAUUCUCCAUCCCCAUCUGAAACAAGAGCAAGGUGAGGAUCAAUCCUCCCUUCUUGUAUGGAGGUACAAAGCCCUUUUGUAGCUAUUUGUAUGUUAUUAUGGCUAUUAAGGGGGGGGGAGGAGGUGUCCUGGUU